AGCGCGCGCGGGGGACGUGUUCGGGCGUCUCCGCCAUUUUGUGAGUCUAUAACUCGGAGCCGUUGGGUCGGUUCCUGCUAUUCCGGCGCCUCCACUCCGUCCCCUGCGGGUCUCCUCUGUGUGCAAUGGACGGCAUUGUCCCAGAUAUAGCAGUUGGUACAAAGCGGGGAUCCGACGAGCUUUUCUCUGCCUGUGUCACUAACGGACCCUUUAUCAUGAGCAGCAACUCGGCCUCUGCAGCAAAUGGGAACGACAGCAAGAAAUUCAAGGGUGACAACAGAAGUGCAGGUGUGCCCUCCAGAGUGAUCCACAUCCGGAAGCUCCCCGGUGACGUCACGGAGGGCGAGGUCAUUUCCCUGGGACUGCCCUUCGGGAAGGUCACCAACCUCCUGAUGCUGAAAGGAAAAAAUCAGGCCUUCAUCGAGAUGAACACAGAGGAGGCCGCCAACACCAUGGUGAACUAUUACACCUCCGUGACGCCUGUGCUGCGAGGCCAGCCCAUCUACAUCCAGUUCUCUAACCACAAGGAGCUCAAGACGGACAGCUCGCCCAACCAGGCACGAGCACAGGCAGCGCUACAGGCCGUGAACUCCGUGCAGUCAGGAAACCUGGCCCUGGCCGCCUCGGCUGCCGCGGUGGACGCUGGGAUGGCCAUGGCUGGCCAGAGCCCGGUGCUCCGGAUCAUCGUGGAGAACCUCUUCUACCCAGUGACUUUGGACGUGCUCCACCAGAUCUUCUCCAAGUUUGGCACCGUUUUGAAAAUCAUCACUUUCACCAAGAAUAACCAGUUUCAGGCGCUGCUGCAGUAUGCCGACCCUGUGAGCGCCCAGCACGCCAAGCUGUCGCUGGACGGCCAGAACAUCUACAACGCCUGCUGCACGCUCCGCAUCGACUUCUCCAAGCUCACCAGCCUCAACGUCAAGUACAACAACGACAAGAGUCGUGACUACACGCGCCCGGACCUGCCCUCUGGCGACAGCCAGCCCUCGCUGGACCAGACCAUGGCUGCUGCCUUCGGUGCACCUGGUAUAAUGUCAGCCUCUCCGUAUGCAGGAGCUGGUUUCCCUCCCACCUUUGCAAUUCCUCAAGCUGCAGGCCUCUCCGUUCCUAACGUGCACGGGGCCCUGGCUCCUCUAGCCAUCCCGUCGGCGGCGGCGGCGGCGGCAGCGGCGGGCCGGAUCGCCAUCCCGGGCCUGGCAGGAGCAGGAAAUUCUGUCCUCCUGGUCAGCAACCUGAACCCCGAGAGAGUCACACCCCAAAGCCUCUUUAUUCUUUUCGGCGUGUACGGCGACGUGCAGCGGGUGAAGAUCUUGUUCAAUAAGAAGGAGAACGCCCUGGUGCAGAUGGCCGACGGGAGCCAGGCUCAGCUGGCCAUGAGCCACCUGAACGGGCACAAGCUGCACGGGAAGCCGGUGCGCAUUACGCUGUCCAAGCACCAGAACGUGCAGCUGCCCCGCGAGGGCCAGGAGGACCAGGGCCUCACCAAGGACUACGGCAAUUCACCCCUGCACCGCUUCAAGAAGCCGGGCUCCAAGAACUUCCAGAACAUCUUUCCACCCUCGGCCACCCUGCACCUGUCCAACAUCCCGCCCUCUGUGUCCGAGGAUGACCUCAAGAUCCUCUUCUCCAGCAAUGGCGGGAUCGUCAAGGGCUUCAAGUUCUUCCAGAAGGACCGCAAGAUGGCCCUGAUCCAGAUGGGUUCGGUGGAGGAGGCCAUCCAGGCGCUCAUCGACCUGCACAACCACGACCUGGGCGAGAACCACCACCUGCGGGUCUCCUUCUCCAAGUCCACCAUCUAGGGCCGCCGCGGACCAGCCUGCCGGCGCCCGGCCACAACUUCCAUCAUUCCAGAGAAAAGCCACUUUAAAAAGCAGCUGAAGUGACCUUAAAAAGACCAGAGAUUUUAUUUUUUUAAAAGAGAAAUCAGUUUACCUGUUUUUAAAAAAAUUAAAUCCGAUUCACCUUGCUCGCCCUGGGGAGAUGGGGGUGCCGGCCUCAGGCUCCGGGUGACGAGUGGACAGUGCACCCCGCUCCCUCCCCAGCCCCCCCAGCCCGUGCCUUCUGCAGCCUCUGUGGGGUGGGCGCUCCCAAACCUCGACUCGGCUUUCUUGUGCCUUAAAACCCGCUGCUGUGGCAGGGCCCUCUCGCGGCAGCAGACGCGGGGGCCGGGGCGGGGUGGGCCUCCCGCGUGGAUCACGCGCCUGGUGCAGCGGGAGGCCGUGAGCUGCAGGGUCCAGCCGGCACCCCCAAUCCGUUUAAUCAAGUGUGUGAUUCUCCCCAUCCCCAGCCCCAGGGACCCCGGCGCGGGGCGAGACCCCGAGGGUGCCGUCCCUGUCCUUCAGCUCGGAGCUCUGUGUCCACUGUAACCUCUGUAUUAUGCUUUGAUGCAGUUGCAGACAUCUGUGCCUAGCAAUAUUUCCAGUUGACCAAAUAUUCUAAUCUUUUUUCAUUUAUAUGCAAAAGAAAUAGUUUUAAGUAACUUUUUAUAUAGCAAGAUAAAGAUGGUAUGAGUGUAAUCUCCAUUUCCUACUUGUGGUAUGACCUUGCAUACUGUACUUUUCUAUUUUAUUCCUUGUAAUGAAGUCGCAGGGCAGGAUCUAGUUUCCAGGGCGGGCCGGCUGGGGGCCGGUGCAGGGGCCCCGGUCCUUCCCAUGACACCUCCAGAUGCCUUACUCACACCUAACCUGUCCUCCUGCGGGGGGACAAGCGCUCUUAAACGUUCAGGGUUUCCUCUUUCCUGCAGAUUUUGGACCAAAGUUUGUUUUUUGGGUUUUCUUUUUUCUUUUUCUUUUUUUUUUUUUUUUUUGUCUGCCUCUAACGCUGGGGCCCCAGAAGGUGGGACAGCGGCCCCCAAGUCUUAACUGUCUCCCGCACAUCGUCCUGCACUCACGGGUCCAAGGGGCUCCCGUGCUGGCCAGCCCCUCCCUUGGGCCUGGACCCUCAGAGAGUCCGUGUUGGGGUGGAACAAGGGUGUAAAUAUUUAUAAUUUUUUUAUACCUGUUGUAAAACGAGGGGCAGCAAACGUGGUUUUUUAUAAAGGCGACACAGAUGUAUAUUUUGGUAACCCGCACUUACAGGCUCAGUAUUGUGACGGGGAGCGCGGCGCAUUCCACGGCCCGCCCCGGUGGCUUGUAAUGCAGAGAGAACCGAAUUAAAGCGAUUUUACAACUCCUACCUUUUCUGUAGGCUCAUUCUUCCCGUCCCCAUUGUAGAGGGCAGCUGGCCAGUCUGCUGGACUUUGAAUAAAUGUCUCUGCACCCUGCA